AUGACUCGAAUUGUAGGGACGCCGUACUACGUGGCUCCGGAGGUGUUAUCCGGCCGGGAAUACAAUGAGAAGGUUGAUAUCUGGAGUGCCGGCGUGAUCUUGUACAUAAUGCUCUCUGGUGUUCUUCCGUUCUACGGCGAGACGGCAUCGGAGACUUUCCAGGCGGUGCUACGUGCGAAUCUUCGGUUUCCGCCAAGGAUUUUCCGGUCCGUAUCAUCAGAAGCCAAGGAUCUGUUGCGGAAGAUGAUCUGUAAAGACGUCUCGAGGCGUUUAUCGGUUGAACAAGUUCUGAGAAAUUAG